UCUCACAUCCAAAUAGAAAUUUAUCGUGUCCGUUGAUGGUUGUUGCUACUCCGCGCAAGAAAAAAAGAAUAAUAAAGAAAUAAAAUAAAAUUAAGCUAAAGCUAAAGCAAACGCAAAAUUGAGCAACACUCGACAACAAAUGCAAUAGAAAAACACGCUGGAUUAAAGUGUUUUGUUUUGUUGAUCAAAGUCAAAUGCAAAUGCAACAACAGGGCAAAAAGUGCGUGUAAAGUGAAAUAGCAAAAAAUUAAAAAAAAAAUCAAAGUCAAACAAAACUCGCAGCGAAACCAAAACACAUCAAAGUUGAACCUUGAAAGCAGUUAACUUCGAUUUAUUGAAACCUCGCAAGUAACCGGUACGACCGUGUAAAAAGCCGCCAAAAUUCUACUCAAGGAGCGUAAAGCGAUCAUCUCGAAAAUGAAGUCCUUGACGGCCGUUUGUCAAACAGGUGCCUCGAUGCCGGCGAUGAAUCCGAAUGGCCGCAUCGCGCGCCAUCCGCCGCAUCGAGGUGACGGCGAGAAUGCCGAAAUGAAGAUGUAUCUCUCCAAGCUGAAAGAUCUGGUGCCGUUCAUGCCCAAGAACCGCAAACUCUCCAAACUGGAAAUCAUCCAGCACGUCAUCGACUACAUCUGCGAUUUGCAAACGGAGCUGGAGACCCAUCCGGAGAUCAAUAAUUUCGAUGCAGCUGCCGCGCUGAGUGGCGUUGCCGCGGCAGCAGCUGCCGGGGGUUCCGAAGAUGAGGACGAGGAAGAGAGCGAUGAGAUGGAUCUCGAUGCAGCCGGCGAUGUAUUGUCCCUGCGCCUGGCUGCCGAGCAGGAGCAGCUAGCCAAAAUCUCUAGUCCCGCUGCCGUCCGCCUGCCGCUCGCCGAUCGUCAGAGUCCCAACGCAAUUCUGCCAGCAGCAGCAGCACCAACAACGCUAGCGUCAGCAGCAGCAGCAGCAACGGCGCCACUGCAGCAG